AUGAGAUUUUCAAAAUUCUCAACAAUGACAAUCAACGAUGAUAUAAUUGAUUCAGCCCAUAUGGCUGAAAAUAAAGAUCAGGAUGCUGAAGAAGAAAUCUUAUCCCAUACUGAGGAUGAAGAAGAAAUUGAAGAAGUUGGAGAAAUCGAUGAAGAAAAUGAACCUUUACCUGUUCAAUAUAGAGGAACUAUUAUCCCUGAUCCUGAUGUUCAAAAAAUCGAUGCUGAUAGUGAAUUGACCGCAGGUUACGAUUUAGAUGUUGAUUAUUUGGAAUUAAUUCAUUUAAAAAUCGGGUCUAUUAAAGAUUUAAAGUUAUCAAGAUUCCAAAAAUUAGAAUCUCUAUGUCUUAGACAAAAUUUAAUCACAUCUAUAGUUGAUGUGAUUGAUAUCAAUGAAAACUUGGAAGAAUUGGAUUUAUAUGAUAAUAGAAUCAACCAUAUUUCAAGUAAUAUUGGUAGAUUCAAGAAAUUGACCAAUUUAGAUUUAUCUUUCAAUAAAAUCAAAAAUAUUAAGAAUUUAGAAAAUUUAACUGAAUUGAAAGAUCUUUACUUUGUUCAAAAUAACAUAAGAGAGAUCAAAAAUUUGGAAAAUAAUACCAAGAUAACUAAUUUAGAAUUAGGUGGUAAUAAAAUUGAAGUUAUCAGUGAAACUAUGAAUAAAAUGCUUAAUAUGGAGAAAUUAUGGUUGGGUAAGAAUCGUAUCUCAAAAUUUGAAAACUUACAUAAUCUUAAAAAUUUGAAAAUCUUAUCUAUUCAAGCCAAUAGAAUUGAAAAAUUAGAAGGAUUGGAGAAUUUGGUCAAUUUGGAAGAAUUAUACGUUGCUAAUAAUCGUAUAACUAAGAUUGAAAAUUUAGAUAAGAAUGUUAAUUUACAGGUAAUUGAUAUUUCAUCAAACGGAUUAGAACAUUUAAGUGGAAUGACCCAUUUGAAGAAAUUAACUGAUUUCUGGUGUUCUUACAAUAAGAUUUCUGAUUUUAACGAAAUCAAUGAACAAUUAGGAAAGUUGCCAGAAUUAGAUACUGUUUAUUUCGAAGGUAAUCCUGUUCAAUUGACUAAUCCAACAGCUUAUAGAAGAAAAAUUAAAUUAAAUUUAGGUCCUUCUUUAGCUAAAAUCGAUGCAACUUAUGUACAUAAUUAA